UCUACGAACAUAACCUAAUUCAAUUAACAGAAAAAUGUUUUGAUUUCCUCGUGUAUUUAUUAUUUAAGUGAUUUUUGAUUAGUUUGAAUUAAUUCCUUCGUGAAUAAAAGGUCUUUUACGUAUUUCUUCUAUUCACAUCUGUCAAUAAAUUGGAACAAUCAUGGUGGAGGUUGCAGAUAUUCCAGAAUGCCAAAAUGAUGUCCAAGAUGCUUAUAAUCUGUUGGAUGAAAUUAAUACUAGUACGCAGAAUGUUACUCAAAUAGUUGAUAAUUUGAUUCACAAAGUCAAAAACGGGGAGCUUUCCACUGCGAACGGCCUGAGUUUUUUGGAAAUGAAGAAUAUGAUGCUCCUAAGUUAUUUGACUAAUCUUACUUUUUUCGUUUCCCGUAAAUGCACAGGACAAAAAAUAGAAAAUGAUCCUUGUAUAGAGAGACUGAUUGAGAUAAAGACUGUUCUGGAAAAAAUUAGGCCAAUUGAUCAAAAACUGAAGUUACAGAUCAAUCGGCUAAUUAAAUCUGCUACAGUUGAUACUUCCACAAAAUUCAAUCCUAAACUAAGCAAUCUGCAAACUGAUGAUGGGGAUAUUGAAAGUGAUGAUGAUGAGAGUGGAGAUGAAGAAGAUACAGCUCCUAAAAACAAAAGUGGGGUUUAUGUGCCCCCAAAACUUUCUGCAGUUCAUUACCCAGGUGAAGAAAAUGCAUUUGAGCGAAACAAAAGGCUUCAAGAGAGGUCAAAGAAACAUGCAAUCUCCUCAGCAAUACUACAAGAUCUUUGUGAAGAGUACCUUGAUACCCCUAUUGAGGUCCAUCAAGGUAGUAGGGCGCAACAAAUUCUAACCAAACAGCAAAAAGAGAGGCAAGAAUAUGAAGAAGAGUACAUGACACGUCUUCCAGUAACUAAAGCAGAAAAACACGAGAGUCGCAAAUUGACCACAUUGGGAGUGUUGGGAUCGGAAGUGACUGAUUAUAGAGAUAAUAAAUCUAAAUCUAAUGGUAAAAGAAAAAGGAAGAUGAACUCAAAAUCAAAGGGAAAAUCUUCUAAGAGGAAAAAAUACUCUCGUUAAGAGUAUACCUCUCGCUUAUAAUCUAUAUAAAACAUUUUAUAUGUACAUGCUGUAUAAAAUUGAUUUUCUGAAUUUUCAUGAAAGAGCUGUAAAUAAACUGUGUAUGUAAAACGUUAA